AUGUUUUUGAUAAAUACGAUUAAGGGAAUCUUCCAUUACGAAGAGGAAGGAAACAAUGACGCAGCAGGGGAAAAGGAAAGGAAAAACAAAAGGGUUCAUAUUAGUGAGCUGAAGGACGAAGUGUGGUUAUACAAAAAUGAGGAUAAGGAGCGCCUAAGUGAAGACUACGCCAGUGAAUACGAAGAUGGGAGCCUUUACGAUGAAGAAGGUGGAAAGAAGCCAAAGGAUCAUUUUUUAGAGGUGCCGCUGUUCGAUGAAGACGAAUAUGGACAGAGCAUCCAAAAGAAUUUGAGGCACCUCCCGAGGAGGAAAAUAAAAGCAAUAAAAAAAAGCGAAGAGUCCGAAGUUAGCGAAGAAAGUCUAAGUACCACCGAUGAGGAAGAAGACAUGGAGGAGCCUUUUCUCGACCUGUACGAGGAAUUAAAGAGAGAACAAAGCGUAAAGGAGUUCUACAACCCGAUGCUGCGGCCCAGACUGUGGCGCUUCGAAUUUUUUAUAAAAUACAUCCAUAACCUGGAAAAUCAGUUACAUAGAAACUUUUACUUAGUGUCCUUCGGGAACAUCAAGAAGUUGAAGCUCUACGGAGACCUGAAGAGGGAGGUGCUCUACACGCCUGGGUAUUCUAUAGAACCGGGGGAGGUCAAGUACUUGAAGGUUCCACUGCCCAUCUGGGCGGAAAAGGAGCUGAGCAUAUCCUACGAGGACUUGCAGAACUUCGAAGUGGCCAUCGAAAUGUGGUGCAUAAAGGGGUUUACAUUCAAUGAGCUGUACGCCUCGUCCAAGAAAACGCUGAAGGAGGUCAUUGAAAACGACCCCGACACGAACGUUAUCCUCAAGCGGAAGAUCGAGAAAAAGAACAUCACUUUUGAGACCCAGCGUUUGGGGGUGUACAUGCAGCUGUCUGAAAUUUUUGAGUUCCACAUGGCCCUGGACAGCUGGUGGUUCAUAGCAAAUUCAGAAAUGCCCAGUUACUUAAAAACCCUGCCGAAGUUUUUACGGUUCAAAUUUCCCCUAAGCGAAGACGACUGGGUUAUUCACAGCUCGCACAAAUCAGAGAACAACUUUUGGCUCUACCCGGGAUAUUUCUGUUUCAUUGGGACGUACCAUCAGCUGGCCAACGCUUUUUUCAUCCUCACGGUGCUGUCCCACAACACCAGCUACAGGUACAAGCCACCCAUCCUGCUUGGGUCCUGCAUCAUAUCUUUAAAGUCUGUGACGGAGCACCCGUUUUUCAAGGGAACUGUGAAAAAGCUGACCCUAGACAAGACCAAAUUCAGGCAGGGCGAAAUUGUGGGGAACAUAAAGUGCUUUGUGAACAGCUACGGCAUAGAGGAAGGGGACAUUCCCGUGCAGAGGCCCGUUCAGCCGCUGAGCGACGCCACGCUGGUGAACCAGCUCCUUCUUAACGAGCACUACUUGGUGAUCAGAGUGAUCAAAUGCGAAAACCUAGCCAUCAGCAGCAUCGACUUGAAUAACGUGAAUAUAAACGUGUGGGUGAAGUGGGACGGGAUAGUUAACAAAACGGACACCGUGUCGAAGAGCACUUCUCCUUUUUUUUACCAAAACUUGUAUUUCCCAAUUCGGCUAGUAGAUAAAAAAGAGCUAACCAAUGAGAGUCUCAUAAGAAAUGUCUUGCCAGUGGAUUUGAUUUCCAAAGGGGAAAUAUGUUUCGAGGUCCAUAACAACAAUGAAAUACAUUCCACCAUUUUGGGGAUCUUCGAGCUUCCCUUCGCGGAUAUUUUUAACUACGGCACGGCAGAUUACCGGUCCCUGGCUCAGGAAGCUUCCCAAAGCAGCUCCCCCUACAACGAUUACAAAGACAACUACGACGCAGAGAAUGAGGGGAUGGACCUUUCGAGUGACAACUAUGACGACUACUACGUGAGGAAGUAUAAAACGGUCGUCUAUAAGAACACCUUAGAGCUGAUGUACUCCACGCUCCACUUGAAAGCGCUGAACAUGGAAAGCAUACAGACGAAGAAGGAGUCGACCAUUUCGGUGGAGGCCUUCGUUAUCCCCCCAUUGCCCAGUGGCUUGCUCUUUGUGCAAAAGGAAAAAAUGCAGAACGCUUCGAUGAUAUACAAGUCAAUGUCGAGGAGGUGGGAACGGGACUUCACCAAGUUCAAGGAUACGUACAUGCAGUGGUUCCCCCGGGCGGAUAAAAAUAGGAGUUUCCCCUGUGUGAGCAGAAACGAGUUUGACAGCAACCACUAUCCGCUGUGUAGCUUCGUCACUUCGAUUAAUUUGCCCGCCCAAGUGUCCACUCCGGGCCCCCUCUUCCACUGGCUGAACAACAUUGAGUAUAUUGAGAACGAAGACGAGUCGUCGAUCUUUACACCCCCGUAUUUUUUUCUGUCCUACAAGAAGGGCACCAUACAGGAUCACGUCCUGUUGCUGUGUUGCUGCCUGAAGGGGUUGGAGUACGAUGCGUACGUGUGUAAAGGCACAAUAAACAACGGGAAGAAGAACCACUACUGGGUCAUGACGAGGCACGAAGAUGGGUGGGUGUGCUUCUGGGAAGUCACGAACAAGUGCAUUAUCCACCUGAAAAAAAGAUGGAAUAACAACAAAUCUUCCUUGGACGCAGAAGUGAACAUGCAGAAGGAAAUUCUCAGCAAAGUGGUAAACGACAACGACAGGGAAAAAUAUUACACUGGGGAAUAUUUAGUGAACUUUGUUAGAUACGGAUUGGAGGAAUUAAAAAAAAGGGAGAAGCAAAUCAAGGAGGAGUACGACAUGAAGGAAGAAAAUAAAUUGUACACGAUGGACCUGUAUGGAGAGAAUCACAUGAAGGAUGAAAAAGUAGAUGUAAAUGAAGUUCUUUUCAACGAUGAGGAAUUCUGCAAUAAUAUGUUCGAAGUAAAGUUUGAAAAGAGUGAGACGUACAGUUCUAGUAAGGCGUUAAAAUAUCUGUUGGAAAAUUUUUCAAAAAAUAUUCCCAUUGCACCGAAGAUGUUUCUGUUGGAUUAUGAGAAGACUUUAGCUUAUGUGCCUUACUCGUCUAUCGAGGUCGUUUUUAAUGACGAGCAGUUGUAUGGGAACAUGCAGAACCACCACCCUGCGUGUAUUCUGUACGACCUGGAGAACAACUAUCACUGGCGUCCACUUUUGAACCACUCCCCCGUGCCGAUCAAGAGUGAAAUUACCAUAUCCACUCCGUUGAGUGACAGGCUUUCGGAGAAGUACACGAGGGACCUGGAGGAGGAGAUCCAAGAGAUGAUACUUUUCAUGAGGACCAAGGAGGGACUGGAGACCUCCUUUGAGCAUUCCAAGGAGAUUAGACAUUUCCUAGAAAUGUAUAUUGACCUGUGUGAAUAUAAGCUCAACUUGGACAAUAAUUACAACACGAAGCCGGAAAAUUACGACCGUACAGGGGGGGGUGAUCUUAAAGGGGGUCAAGGAACCGCAGUUGGGGAAGCGGGAUGUGAAUCCCCCCCGGCAGGUAUAGCAUCCGCUAAUAAGGGAGAAAAUGAUGUGGACAAAACCCAAUUGAGAAAAACGUGGUCUCAAUACAAAAACGAUUAUUACCCUAAUAUUGAAGCACAGUACGUUAAUAAGGAUAAUUUAAACUUUUACCAGACCUAUCAGCCUAGUGAACAGAUUGGCAUGAUAAACCAAGAGCAGAAAAAGCACCUGGUUAAUAUUCCAGAGGAUUAUAUAUACGGGAUGAAUGAUGAGGUGUACAAUAAUGGAAAGGAACAGUACAUAAAGAACUACGUUUUUUGUAGAGACCAGGCGGAUAUUCUAAAGAACUAUGAUGACAGUGUGAAGAGGAAGAAUAUAAAACGGUUCAGCAAUGCGCCUGUGCAUUACCAGGAGAGGGCCCCCCUGGAGGAAGAGUGCAGUGAUAAGGGGAGUGUUGAAAAUGCGUCCAAUGGGAAGUAUCCCCCAAUGGGGGGAGAGAUAAAACGUGUCCUUACCCCCAAUGGGGGGGACCCAUCAAGUGAAGCAAAUGAGGAAGAGGAGUUAUACAACCAAAUGAAGGAGAAUUAUCACUACGAUGAGGACGAAACGGAAGAGGAAGACAAAGCGAAGGAGUCGGAACGGCAGCACCGCUGCAUUGAUGCAGGAAGUGUGCCAAACAAGUAUAUAAAGAAGUACAAUAAAAAGUAUGAUAGCCUGCUCAAGCUUCAGAAGAGUUUGAAGCGGAAGGAGAAACAGAUGAAGGAAGAAAUGGUGGAUGUUAAGUUGGGGGGGGAAUUCUUCCAACCUGGUCGGCUAGGUAGAAAGUCCUUCUUCAGCUAUGUAGAUACACAAGCAUUUUUGAAGGGCACCUUGGGGGAAAAAACACGUACAAAGGGAGUUAAUAAGUCAGUGCAUGGUAAAAGGUGCGUUAAAUGUGAUUAUCUGUUUAAUGGCUACCUGAUUAUUCCCUCGAAGGGGGACCAUUCGGGAGACGACAGUCAUAAUAACUGCAAGGGUGAAGUGACACGGGGGGGAAAAACAAAUGGUGACGAAGUGGAUUGUGCGUACCGCCUGAAGAGGGCAUGCACCAAGCGUAGAAACACCCUUCUGAGGAAGUCACACCAGAGGGGGAAGAAGUUACCUGUAUUAGUCCUCCAGCAUAAAAAACGGUAUCACAUAAGGAAGAUGGAAAGGAACAUGCUUAAGUUAAAAAUGGCUCUGUUAAAGCGUAGGAUUAGGGGAAAAAGGAAAGGAAGAAGAGGCAAUUCACGUUUUGAGAAGAACGACAUGGAAGACAGAAAAGAAGGUUCCCCUUUGUCUCCUGAUAGAGAAGUGACGGGCGCGUUGCAUAGGGGGAGGAGGUUGUUCCUUUGCCAGAGCCAUCAUCAGAUGUACGCGGACCAGACAUUCCUCGACAUGGGCAGCAACCCGAUGGGGGGUUACCAGAGCAUCGCACAGGAGAAGGUGGAAAAUAGCUACGCAGACAACCCGAUGGUGCAAAACUAUUACACAGAUAAUAACGCAAAUAAUAUGUCACGUGGGAACAACUUCCAGGGAAACUUCUAUGAAAAUAUGCAGGGAAAAAAUACAAACGAAAGAUUUGAAGGUAAUGUGAACACUCAAAUUGGUGUGGAGAAUCUGCAGGGACCAACUGAAUCGAGGGAAAAAGCCUCCACACCGAACCCGCCAAAAACGUGGAGCAGAUUAGACCCCACCUCCAAAUAUGUUGCUCAUCAAAUUUCACAGUGGAACUGGUAUUACUCAUUGGAGGAGCAGUACUUCAACUGGCAGUACUACAAAUUCCCUGUGCCGCCGAACCACACGUUCGUUGGGUUCCCCAUUCAUUUUUCGACCAUCGAUUUCUACGAAGUCAAGUCAUUCUUGCUGCACUCCAAGCGAUUCGAAAACAUAAUGAAGCUGUCCAUAGACAACAUCUCCUUCCUCAUAUAUUGUAAAGUGUUCCCCUUAAUUGGAGGGAUCAUGUCGAACUGGAUGUUCCUUGGCUGUUUGGUGCCCUGGAUGACUGCACAAGAGAGGGAAACCAAAAUGAAGAAGCCCCCGAAGAAGGACGUCAAUCAGAGGUAGAAAUUCCAACGAAGGG